ACAGGAGGCUGUGAGAUUCAGUGCUCAUUCUCCGGGAGUUUCACUGCCCAGUUAGGUUUCAGCUGAUCGGCGGCCGUUCAUUUUCCACCUCCCUGCCUCUUCUGGGAGGGUUCGCAUCACAGAUUACACAAGGUCUUCGCUCUCCCCUCUUUCCACCCCACCCAUCCCCUUUUCCAGAAACACAAACUGAUGCAGAUUCACAGGCACGGCCGGCGCAGGACCAGGCGAGAGGGAAAGCUGAACUAAAGUGGGCAAGGAUGUCCCGCGGAGAAAUCGUCCAAGUCCCCGACGAUGCGCAUUUCACCUCGUUCAGGGAACAGUGCGAACGCCACGAAGGCUGGACGGUUCAAUACAGCAAAGGAGUGACCACCGUGUGGAACCGGAGACCGGAGGAGAACAAAACCGUGCAGAAAUUAAAGAUAAGAAUUAACUGCAGGGAUGUUCCGGCAGAGACCCUGUACGAUGUUCUUCAUGACACGCACUACAGAAAGAAAUGGGAUACGAAUAUGAUUGAGACUUACGAUAUUGGUCGACUGACCGUGAAUGCAGAUGUUGGAUAUUACUCCUGGAGGUGUCCAAGUCCAUUGAAGAACAGAGACUUUGUUACCCUGCGAUCCUGGCUUCCCCUUGGCAAUGACUACAUGAUUGUGAACUACUCGGUGAAGCACCCGAAAUAUCCCCCAAAGAAGGACAUUGUUCGAGCUGUCUCACUGCAGACUGGAUACUUCAUUAAAUCUAAUGGAGCCAACAGCUGUACCUUGUACUACCUGACUCAAGUGGACCCACGAGGGUCAUUACCAAAAUGGGUUGUGAAUAGAGUUUCACAGUUUGUAGCUCCCAAGGCCAUGAAACGGAUUUACAAAGCAUGUUUGAAGUAUCCUGAAUGGAAGCAAAAACACAACCCACAUUUCAAGCCCUGGGUCUACCCGGAGCAGAACACCCUACCCAACGUCAGCCUGUCAGACCUAUCGCUGCAGCACGCAUCCUCACUGGAGAACAUCGACGAGAGCGGUCUAUCAGAGGAGAAAGUUCACAUCAGCGACGAGGAAGAUAGCUACUCCAAGGAAUCAUAACGGACACGGAAGCGUGUGGGAAAUAGAGGAAUGAUAAUGUACACAUGGGGUUUAAUGACUCGGCAUCCCUUUCACACACCUUGACGAAAUCUGUAGGAAGUAGCAAUUCAGUUUCACUAAAUGGCAUAAUCCAAAGAAAUAAGAGCAGGAGUAGGCCAUUCAACCCUUGAGCCGUCCCUGCCAUUCAAUAAGAUCACCCAUCAGUUCAAAUUCCUUUAUCACCAGUAUCUGUAAACAGUUUUCAGUGUCUUUCUUUUCUUAAAUUGUAACAAUGUUUUCAGGACACUUGAUGCUAAACUGGUUCGUAGAGGUGGUGAUUGGAAAGGGCAUUGCUCACCUGAGUUUGCUCUGGUGCCUCUUUGACAAUGUCUGUGGAUGGGUUAGCAAGAGUGGACAGAUUAGCGUGUGCUUUUGCUAUGUUUCCAUGCUUGACUUUUUAAUUCCAUUCACCAAAAUAGACACCACGUGAUGUUACCCCCCCCCCCCCCUCCCCCUCCCUCACACACCCGACCCUUGGCUGAAUUUGGGUGGUGUCUUUAUUGCUAACCAUUGCAAAGAACACCUGCAUUUAGAGGAUUCAGUCUAGAAGGGAUCUUGAUUGUCCUGCUUUGGUAUAAAUGUAAACAAAUAAUAUUUUCUAUGUAAGCAAUCUGACCCCCAUAUUAUAACUCAUUGAAUAACUCCAUACUGCCUAUUAAUUUAUGAAAUGCAGGCACUUCUUUGACAUAUUUGGGUAGUUUUUCUAAAUUCCAGGUACAGACUUGAUAUACUUGAUGGCAAACGUCCUUCUAAGGUGAUGGAAAGCACAAUUAAAAACAAUUGGACAAUGUUAAUAGUUCUCAAGUGGUCGAUGAGAUUGUUUUAUUUUAAAUAAUGGACGUUAACUUUAAUGAGAUCAGACCAUCAAAAAAUGAAGUUGGUGGGAGCAGUUUACAAUGAAGCUACUUGGCAUAAUAUUAUUAACAAUUCAAAGUUGUGCUUCAAUGGAACCUCAUUACACCUGAUGGUUCCAUUCACAAUGUAAAUUCCUUUAAUUUUUAGGGAUUGUGAAGAUUUGAGUCCUUAAAAUAUUGAAAGGAUUUGAUAUGGUAGAUACAGGAAAAUUACUUUCACUAGAGGGAGGUCAUUGGCAAUCGAGGGUUUGUAAUCAUAAACUCAGUCACUUACGGAUCAAAUCACGAAAUAUUACAAAACACAUUAAAUAUCUCUGCCACAAACACUGUUCCUUAGAAAUAUAUCUCUGGUCAGUCACACUAUAAAGGAAUGACAGCACUUUACACACAGUGUCAUAAGUUCAGUUCUGCUGAAGGAGAGAUGGGAAAAAUAGCUAAUAAAAUUUAUUGCUGGAGGUAUAUCAAUUACAUGGGCAGUUACUCAAACACCACUUUAAAGGAGGAAUUGGAUGGCGUUCAGCACUAAAGUUUGUAUAUAUAAAUAUGGAUACAUUUUCUGGAAUGACAGUAUAUUUAGAAAUAAAAUUGAAAUAGGGAAGUUCCACUCGGGAGAGUUAUUCAGUGGAUUCAAUAUCAGGAGCUGGUGAGUGCAUUGUGAAUGAGAUUAGUCUUAUUCCAAUGUAUCUCAAACUUCUUUCCCAUCGCCACUGUUCAGCCCAUUUACUUUAUUAGUCAGGAAUGAAUUCCCAAGACAAUGACAAAAUUCAAAACUGAUAUUAGUAGGCUUCAAAUUGGAAAUCUGGUGAUACAAGACCAAAACAAGGUAAGUUGAUUUAUGGUGCAAAUGAGUGCAGUUAUGAUGCAAUCAUGAUGUGUUGAGUUGGGUUGCGUUUACAAAUGAGCCCCAUUUUUGCUGCUGAUGCAUUGAAGACCACUACCUAGGCAAACAAUGAUAAAAAAUACAUAGCCAUGAUUGAAUGGAAUAGUGUCCAGUAGAGAACAAAUGAUGUGCGGUAAUUGGAUGGACCUAAUAGCCACAUUAAAUUAUUUCUCAGGUUGCUUUCCAAGUAGUGCAAUAAUACAUGUGGAUUGAAUAUUGGGACUGUAUUGAUUUGGUGCCCAAAUCUUUAUGUUUGAGUUGAUUUGUUUUUUUGAUUUUGAUAAUCCUCAUUCUAAAACAUUGCAAAUUGAAAACAAUAGGGUUCUCCAAUAAAUGACUAUCAUCAACAGUAGGAUAUUCUGAAACUAUAUCAACAACUAGAUGGGAGAUUACCAAGCAGUGGGUUGAGCAGAGUGACUUCCACUGACAAUGCAAAAUAAGGUUUAGACUAUCUAAACCCAAAAAUAAUUUAUUUUUUUGAGAGGGGGGAUAAAUAAGUAUGUUGACCUAUCUUGGAAAAUCCAUUUUGAUUCUUUCCAGUUCUGAGACUGGUAAGGAAAUAAGACAACUGUAUUUCCAUACUGAAUUUACAGGAAUUAAACAUGCUGGCUACAUUUUUUUUAGUAGAUCUAAUUUCCUCCUAGUGAAAUCUUAGUGAAAAUUAAUGAAGUUUGAACAUUAUUUUCAUGAAAAAAUACCAUGUACAAAAUAUAGCUGAGUUAAAUUAUAAAAUAAGAGGCUCGAAUCUUGACAAUCUUUUGCUUGUUUGGUGCACAUUAUUAGAAUGUAUAACCAUUUGUGUUUUUAGGAAUGUUAGCUUUUGAUUGCGUGCUGCUAGUUUAAUUUCCUUUAAAAGAAAUGAUAUUUAGAUUGUACAAGAAUUCAAUGAAAAACACCAAGGAUUUAUUGAGGAGACCAUUAUCAAUAUUAACAAACUGGCCAUUGGCAAGACUGAUAAGACAAAAUUAAAGUGUCUUUCGACACAUGACAUGCACCAUA